AGACAUGGUGAUGUGUCGAGGAUGGGGAGAUGUUCAUUACAUUACAUUCGACAAGAAAAAAUACGACAUGCAGGGUGAUUGUAAAUACUAUCUCGUAAAGCCAACUACAAAAAUGCUGAAAAGUGAGCUGAAAUUUAGCAUUCAGGCCAAAAACAAAAAAUCACACAAGGGUGCGACGGUUUCUACCACCGAUUAUGUUGAGCUACAUUUGACUAAAGACGUCUUCAGAAUCAGCCAGGGAAAAAUUGUAUCGUGGAAUGGUAAAAGGUUAAACCUUGAUGGACCGAUUCAGUUCACAGACUACUACACAUAUCACUUGGUACGAAUUGAAAAAUGUGUUGAUGGUGGAUGUGAUACUCGAAUAAAAUCACAUGAUGAUUUCAUACAAAUCAGCGUCCCAACAUUGAGACUACGUCUACUUUUUGAUGGCAACCAUGAAGUCCUGGUCUAUUUAGACAGUGAGGCAUGGGGUGGAGAACUAGAAGGACUGUGUCAGAAUCUUAACGGAGAUAGAACUGAUGAUCUAAUGACGUGUGGUUUCAGGCAGAAAGAUGUGUCUGAUCAACCAAACUAUGGUACAUUAAUAGGGAACAGUUGUCAGGUCGCUAAUCACAGAUGCAAAGCAGAAACAAAUAGUGAUACUCCUCCAAUGCCAGAUGCUACAUUAGUGGCUAAAGCCAGGGAACAGUGUAAUGCAGCAUGUGACCAAGGUCAAGAUCCGCCAUGUUUUGAUCCAGUUUGUAGCGCAGAUGCAGAUCAGAGAGCCAUGAUUAUAGAGUCAUGUAUAGUUGACUAUUAUCACAUGAUAGAUGAUAGAUGUACCGUUCUUGGCCAGGUAGCGGCCAACUGUGGAGUACCAAAAGCAGCGUUUCAAUGUAACGCGCUGGAACAAACGUGUUCGAAUGGUGUAUAUGAUGAGCUACCAGAUGGUACACAGUAUUGUAGAUGUAAAACUGGUUUUAAUGGAGUUGGGUGCUCACUACCGGACUCUUGCGGUUGCGGUGAUGGCGGAGUAUGCAACUGUGAUGGUGAAACCUGUGCAUGCAAAUGUCACCCACUGUUCGAAGACGCACAAUGUAGUACACGAAAGACGCUACCAGACUAUACUAAUGGUGAAGAACCGGGAUGGUGUACAAUAGUCGGCGAUCCUCAUUACAACACAUUCGAUGGGGCAACUUACGAUUUCCAAGGUCAUUGUCUAUACGUUGCCUCAAUGGAAGAUAUCUCUGAAGAUUUUGACCCACUUUUUAAGAUAUCAGUACGUAAUUGGAUGGGGGGAGGAGGAACCGGUAUUUGGAACUCAGUAUCAUGGGCAAAAUAUGCAGUCAUCAGAGUUUUGAACAGGUUCGACAUAUACAUUGGAGCAAUAACCAGGGAUAUGUUUCCUUACAUGUAUUUUGAAUAUGGGAAUGAUUACGAGGUUGCUGCAGAGUUUGACGUUCGGAUCAUUGAUGUUAUAAAUCAAGAAAUGACGAAUAUUACAAGUUUGCCCCACACUGUAGCACUUGGAACUGUACAAGGGACGAAUACAGCAGUCACAGCUGACAUAUCGAUUGAUUCAUGGAAUGGCGUCGUCACUGUUGAAAUUCUACCAAUGGCGAUAAAAGUGCAGUUUAAAGAUAAUCAUGAAGCGAGGAUAUACUUAGACGAAUAUUGGAAAGAAAGAGUGAAAGGUAUGUGCGGAAACUACAAUGGUAUUCGUGACGAUGAUUACAUUACGAAAACAGGUGGAAGAGUGAAAAGCAGAGACAACAAAGGGACGCUGAUUGGCAAUAGCUGGAAGAAUACUGAGUCACUACCAUUAUAUGACGACGACUCUGAUGUCUGCAAAGACAAUGAUAUCCCAGAUUUGCCAGAAUUGAGUGAAAUGAAUGGUGAACUAUAUAGGAGCGCGCAAAGACAUUGUGAAAAGCUAUGUAUGGACAUAACAGAGUUCAGAUAUAGUUCGUGUGUAGCAGAUUACGUUUUCUCUGAGGAAAAUCAAAGGUUACGAUGCGAGGUUUUAAUAAGCACGCGUGAUACGACACAGUGCAUUAACAGUACCGCUGUCCCAGAAGGAUGUGACGAAUUUGUAAAAAGAUGAGAAACACAUCACAAAGGAUCGGUAUCGAUAUGCUGACCUUUUUGAACAAACGUUUCUCUUAAAAGAGUCAUCAAAA